AACAUCAUUUUGCUGAGUCUAAUUAAGAUGGGGAAACUAUUCCUUUUUAAAUCGUUUUUUCAAAAGAAGCAUUAAACAUCUAAUAGUCAAAUCAUAUUGCAAAAGCAGGUGGGUCCUGCAGCCUCUCCUCUCCUCACACUCCAACCCUGCUCAUCUCUCAGCUGGACAGUAAGGGCCGUUCACACCACACACUGACAACAUGCUGGGGACACUCUGCACUCUCAUCACUGCUCUAACAUAUGUCAGUUGCCAGAAAGCAGUGACACAGACACCUUCAGUAUUGACUGUCAGUACAAAGGGGACUGCCACUUUUCACUGUGACAUCACCAAAGAUGAAAGCAAUUAUGUAAUCUGGUAUAAACAGGUUCCAGGAGGAGCUCCUCAGUAUGUGUUAAGGUUUCACCAUACUUACUCCUCUCCUAAUGAAUAUGGAUCUGGUUUCUCCUCUGAUCGUUUCACAUCUAAAGCCACGUCUGAUAAGGAUUAUCAGUUUAUAAUCAGUAAUGUGGAGGAGACAGACUCAGCAGUGUAUUACUGUCAUACAUGGGACAACUCUGUUAAAGUGCACGUAUUCGGACAAGUAUCCAAGCUCAUUGUCACUGACUCUACCCUCCCUCCGCCUGUCUUGACCAUCUUCCCUCCGUCCAGCGAUGAGUUGAAGUCCAGCAAGGUCACCCUGGUGUGUCUGGCCAGUCAGAUGUCCAUGGGCUACGUAGAUGUCAGCUGGACAGCGGGAGGGAAUCCGGUCACCGGCGGCAUCGCAACGAGUGGCCCGGUGCCGCAAGCCGACAAGACGUUCCAGCUCAGCAGCUGUCUGACCGUUGACACGUCAGAAUGGAACCAGGACAAAGUGUUCUCAUGUAAAGUCACCGCGGGAUCCAAGUUCGCUGAGAAAGACAUCAAGAAGUCUGAAUGCAGCACUGAAUAGCCUGAGAACCAUUGUAAUGUCCAUUUCAUUUUCUACAUCACUUUUCAAGUUAUUGUUAAUGCAUUAGAAGUUUAACCUGCAUAUAUACAUUAUGUUCCUUAAAAGAUGAAUAGCUAAUCACACUGAUAUAAUAGGCUACACGAUAAGUAGACUUGUUAUAUUUGAAAUGUGUUGUUUUGUAGAUGUAUAAUAGAGGAAUAGUUAGAGCUUUGCUGUAUUGUGGAUAUUCAAUAAAGAACAUUCUAAA